CACCAAUCAGCGCUGCGGGCAGGAUUAGCAGACACCAAUCAGCGCUGUGGGCGGGAGUAGCACGCACCAAUCAGCGCUGUGGGCGGGGGCGGCACGCACCAAUCAGCGCCGUGCGUGCGCCCGUUCCCGGCAGCCCCCGCGGCCCCGCUCCCUCAGGAGCGCUCUCCCCUCACGGCUCUCCCGGCCGUGCCUGCGGCGGUACCGGAGCGCUCUUUGCUCCCUUCAGGCAGCCCCCGGGGGCUUCUCGCAGCUGUUGUGCCUUUUGGAGCCCUUUCCGUUGGGUUGGAGCAUGGAGCCCAUCUCCCUGCCAGCACCAGGCAUUCCUGCAGGAAACAGCUCCUCUGAGGCACGGGGGAAAUUCCGUGUGCUGGUGGGAGUGACUGGAAGCGUGGCUGCCCUCAAGCUGCCCCUGCUCGUCGCAGAGUUGCUGAAAAUCCCUGGGCUCGAGGUGAAGGUGGUCACUACUGAGAGAGCAAAACAUUUCUACAAUGCCCAGGAGAUUCCUGUCACCCUCUAUGGUGAUGAAGAGGAGUGGCAGCUGUGGAAGGGCCGCUCGGACCCCGUGCUGCACAUCGAGCUCCGGCGCUGGGCUGACCUCAUGGUGGUGGCACCUCUGGAUGCCAACACGCUGGCCAAGGUGGCCAAUGGCAUCUGUGACAACCUGCUGACCUGCGUGAUCCGCGCCUGGGACCUGAGCAAACCCCUGCUCUUCUGCCCCGCCAUGAACACGGCCAUGUGGGAGCAUCCCAUCACAGCUCGGCAGGUGGAGCAGCUGAAGGCCUUUGGCUACACAGAGAUCCCCUGUGUGGUGAAGAAACUCGUGUGUGGGGAUGAAGGCCGAGGUGCCAUGGCAGAAGUGUGGACCAUCGUGGAAAGAGUUAAAAGGAUCCUUGAAGAACAGGAUGUGCCAAGGCAAAGCUGAUGUUUUGGCAUGUAAAUGGUGGUUUUGUGCCUUCCUGAUGGUUUGGAGAUAAAGGCAGCAGGAGGCUGGGCUCAGCUGCCCUGGUACCCAUGGCAUGCAUACCUUUAGCUGCUCUUCAACAGAAGGAGCCAACGGUUGUCUUCCAGCUGGUGCCAAACUGAAAUGUGGUACUCACCACAGACUUGCAAAAACCAGAGGCAAGAAUGUGCUGCUUUAGUGUGGAAAACCCUGUGGUAUCUUGGGAGUGACAUUCCCAAGGCUGCUCAGCCCCCAGUGCUUCACACCUGCUCUGUUCUGGGCAGGCUGCAGAAUGUGUUGGAGCUCCAGUGGUUCCAGAGAGGAAAAGGCCCUGCAAAUUCUGGUGCAUGGUAAUUCCAGCCCCUUCUAGCAGGUAUCUCUUGGACCAUUCCUGCUCUCCAAAGGCUGGUCCGUAGGUCUGCUGGCUGCACGUUCCUUCCCAGCAGGAGUCACUGCCCAAAAAGCAUUUUCCCUCUCAAAACUUAAUAAAAAAGCAUUUUUUAAUCCUGCCCCUAAUGAGUUGCCUCUAGUGACUGCUUUGGGAGGUGUUCCCAGCCAUUAUCUUUGCUAAGUUGUUGUGCCUGCUUAUGUUUUUUUGGUUUUUUUUAUCAGAUAUGGUGAAAAUUUGCCUGAAAGGAGCUCUUCAGUCCUUUUUCCCUUUUGCAGCUGUUUUCUGGAGAGGGAUGCAGGUAUCAAUCUCAUUCCAAAGUGCCUCCUGCCCAUCUGGCUGCCCCCAGUCAGGAAACAAAGCAGGCCAGGUCCUCAUGGGUGUUUCCCACGGGACUGAAGUCAAACAUCACCUUUUAUGAGCUUUCCUGCUUGAAAAUUAACUGCCUGGCAUGAAUAAAUUGGGAAAUGCUGUGCCAUUGUGGGCCAGAACAGGCAGGGCUCCCCCAGUUCAGCCUUUCCUUGGGAACACAAUCUUGCUCCUGAGGGGAAUGGGAGCUGUGGAACAUGCUGCUCUAGCAGAGCACUGCUGACCUACUGAGUUCAUUUUUGACUAAACCCAAACAAAUUGGGUACAGCACGUUCAUCCUGCCUGUGGGGGGAACCUCCAGCCUGCUGUGCACGAGGGAAAAGGUCACUAGGUUAGGUGACACAUCCAUCCCACACGAAUAAAACCUCUGAACUUUCCCAGUUUUGGCUCUUCCACUGACAGAGAUCCAGGGAGUCACAAUUUCUGAGAAGGAUCCUGGUGUGAGCAGAGCUUGUGACUCACACAGAGGGCUGCAGUGGUGGGGUGGCUGCCACUUCUGCAUUUUGCCAGGAUUUAUGGAGUGACCCUGCAUCAUUUGCUCAUGUUCUCAGCUCUCAGCCUCUCAGAGGAGCUUCCCUUCAGCUCACUGACAGUAGCAGAGAUGUUUCUGGCUUCCCUGAGUUCUGAUGUGAUUGGUGUUUCUGCUGUUCACAGGGAAACGUGUGUUUUGGCUGCUACAGCUGGCACUUGUCCUUGGGGCUCUGUUGUGGCUAUCUGCUGUGCCUGGAGUUGUUUAUCCCUCCUCCUGCUCCCUGACUUGGCAGCACAGAAAAUCCAACAGAUUCCUCUAUCCCGGGACAAAAUACCACAUCCCUGAUAAGAACCUUCCUCUCUUCCAAGCCUGCUUUGCUUCCUUGAGCUGCUCCAGAACUAUUGACAAGCGAUCCUCUGUGCAAUUGCUGUGAUUUUUUCAUUAGAAGCAGGUUGUGAUAGCGGUCCAGGCUGGCAUAAACCCGUGCCCAAACAACCUUUCCUUCAGGGCAAAUAGAAGAAACUGCUCAGUUCCUUCUGGGAGGCAGGAACAGCUUCCACCCUGGCACAGGUACAGGUCUCCACCCGUGGCCAGGGCGGGCAGGAGCUGCUCCCUGUGGAAAAGGAGCAGGAAUAGAACUGGGGGAAGCCCUGUCUGCUUGAGGAGGUGACUUUGGGACAGUGUAUUUCUAGGAUGAGGUUUGGGGUGCUGAUGAAGGACCUGAAUCCAAACCAGGGCUCUGUGCCAGCUUGGGGAAUAGGCACUGCCAGGCUCUCCUUAAGCCAGUGAGAUCACCAAGAGGUGCUGAGGGACGGAUCCCUCAGGGCGUUCAGGCUUCCACCUGCCUGCCUCACAGCUCUGUGUGUGACCCAGGUUCACAGGGCAGGCCUGAGACACUUCCCAUGAACUUUUUCUUUUCCUUCAGCUCUUCUUUUUGAGCCACACGCUGAUUUUUUGUUUCACUUUCCCAUGAAACUCUCAGAUGACUGAGGCAGCGCCCCCGUGAAUCCUGCUGGGUUGCAAUUUCAUUCAUCCUGCUUAAAACUGUUUCUCUCAGCACGGCUUGGGAGUGAUAAAGAGCCAGGACAAAAGCUAAGCAAAGGCAGCAGCCCACCUCCUUCCUGGGCUGGGAUGUGCCUCUCAGCAUUCCCCUCAUCCCAAACUCAAUGGGAUCCCUUUGCUGCUUGGAUUCGGGGAGGAUGGAGAUGCCGUGGUGCUGUUUGGUCCGGCUUCGAUCAGCAGUUUGCUCUCCAGCUUGCCUGUCCCAUCCCACUCUUCCAUCUUGGGAGCCCGCAGCAGGAAAAAAACAUCUGAAAAAAAGUGAGAAAACCUCCCCACAUAUAGACUUUGAGCCUCUGUGGUGCACCUGGCGCAGAGGUUUUGCAGCCCGGGGCUCCGGAUUUGGCACCUGCCCCCCCGGCGCGGGGAUGCCGCCCACUCCGGAUCCCCAGAGCACGAGAGGUGGCAGGAAGUGGCUUUGUCCCCAACCACAGCCCAGCCAGGCACUGGGGGGAGGCCAGGGGUUGCCACAGGGUGACAGAGCGGUGCCAAGUGAGAACUGGGGGUGUUGGGUGGUUUUUUUUCCUUUCCUUGCUCUGGCAGGGUUCAAAACAACACCAUGAGAUGAAUUUUCCUCCUGUAAGAUCGCAGUGACAGUGGAAAAGGGAGAGGAUCCAAAUGGAUAGUGCUGGUUCCAACCUCUGCCCUCAUGGUUUUGUUGCCAUUUUGAUUCAGUAAACUGUAUUAAGGUAGUAGUAAACCUUUUAAUUAAUGUUAGUUGACAUUAGUAGUGGUAGUUAUGCUAAGGCUCAAUAGGCCUCAUGUAAUCGGUAGAUGAAUUUUAUAGAAAAUUUCGUAAUGUAAGCAGUGUAGUUAAGAAAUAAUUACCUAUCUUAAGGAGUGUAUCCAUUUAUCUAGGGAAUGUACCUCUUGGCAGAAACUUAAAUGUCAGGAAGAUUAUGGUACCGUGAAAACAAUAAUCAAAGGAUUUAGUAGAGCUUAUAGAACAUUUAGAAACUGUCAAGAUAAGGCUAAAGUAUAAUAAUAAAUAAGGGUUCUGGUGAUGGGGAAACAUGCAAGGAGGAUUAAGGAGGAGGUAGCCUAUAGUUCUGAGUAGACAAGCAUGUAGAAUUUAUGACUUUUAGGAAUGACAUCUACAAGAUUUAUGUAUCUGUAUUGUCUUGAAGAAUGUGUACUUGCGCAAGUAGACCACUUUGUGAAAAAGGUAUAAAAACCCUGUAAAUUUUCUGCAAGAUGGGGCUCUGUCUCUGGACGCUAGUCCACAGGCUCCCGGGCCCUCAAUAAAGCACCGCAUAAACGACUUCGGUUGUUUG